AUGUCACUUCUAAUAGAUUCUGUACCAACAGUUGCUUAUAAGGACCAAAAACCGGGUACUUCAGGUUUACGUAAGAAGACCAAGGUUUUCAUGGAUGAGCCUCAUUAUACUGAGAACUUCAUUCAAGCAACAAUGCAAUCUAUCCCUAAUGGCUCAGAGGGAACCACUUUAGUUGUUGGAGGAGAUGGUCGUUUCUACAACGAUGUUAUCAUGAACAAGAUUGCCGCAGUAGGUGCUGCAAACGGUGUCAGAAAGUUAGUCAUUGGUCAAGGCGGUUUACUUUCAACACCAGCUGCUUCUCAUAUAAUUAGAACAUACGAGGAAAAGUGUACCGGUGGUGGUAUCAUAUUAACUGCCUCACACAACCCAGGCGGUCCAGAGAAUGAUUUAGGUAUCAAGUAUAAUUUACCUAAUGGUGGGCCAGCUCCAGAGAGUGUCACUAACGCUAUCUGGGAAGCGUCUAAAAAAUUAACUCACUAUAAAAUUAUAAAGAACUUCCCCAAGUUGAAUUUGAACAAGCUUGGUAAAAACCAAAAAUAUGGCCCAUUGUUAGUGGACAUAAUUGAUCCUGCCAAAGCAUACGUUCAAUUUCUGAAGGAAAUUUUUGAUUUUGACUUAAUUAAAAGCUUCUUAGCGAAACAGCGCAAAGACAAAGGGUGGAAGUUGUUGUUUGACUCCUUAAAUGGUAUUACAGGACCAUAUGGUAAGGCUAUAUUUGUUGAUGAAUUUGGUUUACCGGCAGAGGAAGUUCUUCAAAAUUGGCACCCUUUACCUGAUUUCGGCGGUUUACAUCCCGAUCCGAAUCUAACCUAUGCACGAACUCUUGUUGACAGGGUUGACCGCGAAAAAAUUGCCUUUGGAGCAGCCUCCGAUGGUGAUGGUGAUAGGAAUAUGAUUUACGGUUAUGGCCCUGCUUUCGUUUCGCCAGGUGAUUCUGUUGCCAUUAUUGCCGAAUAUGCACCCGAAAUUCCAUACUUCGCCAAACAAGGUAUUUAUGGCUUGGCACGUUCAUUUCCUACAUCCUCAGCCAUUGAUCGUGUUGCAGCAAAAAAGGGAUUAAGAUGUUACGAAGUUCCAACCGGCUGGAAAUUCUUCUGUGCCUUAUUUGAUGCUAAAAAGCUAUCAAUCUGUGGUGAAGAAUCCUUCGGUACAGGUUCCAAUCAUAUCAGAGAAAAGGACGGUCUAUGGGCCAUUAUUGCUUGGUUAAAUAUCUUGGCUAUCUACCAUAGGCGUAACCCUGAAAAGGAAGCUUCGAUCAAAACUAUUCAGGACGAAUUUUGGAACGAGUAUGGCCGUACUUUCUUCACAAGAUACGAUUACGAACAUAUCGAAUGCGAGCAGGCCGAAAAAGUUGUAGCUCUUUUGAGUGAAUUUGUAUCAAGGCCAAACGUUUGUGGCUCCCACUUCCCAGCUGAUGAGUCUUUAACCGUUAUCGAUUGUGGUGAUUUUUCGUAUAGAGAUCUAGAUGGCUCCAUCUCUGAAAAUCAAGGCCUUUUCGUAAAGUUUUCGAAUGGGACUAAAUUUGUUUUGAGGUUAUCCGGCACAGGCAGUUCUGGUGCAACAAUAAGAUUAUACGUAGAAAAGUAUACUGAUAAAAAGGAGAACUAUGGCCAAACAGCUGACGUCUUCUUGAAACCCGUCAUCAACUCCAUUGUAAAAUUCUUAAGAUUUAAAGAAAUUUUAGGAACAGACGAACCAACAGUCCGCACAUAG